CGUUGCCCACAGGCAGCUAGAAACAUGGGGUGGAGUUGAGGCUCGCUGUGGGAUUGUUGGGCAAGAAGUGAGGAAACUCUGUGUUUGCGUGUAACUUAAAACCCGCUGGAGGUCACGAACCGCGCUGACCCGAAUCCAAAGGACUUUAUUCUGGACCGCUGAGGCUCGUAUAGCCUUUCCCCCCGCAGAACUCCUCAUUUGGGCGCUCUCGCCCCUCUGACAUGGAAACUCAGCAGUGUAAGGCCAUGGAGGAACCCAAGACCAAACAAGAAGACGCGGCGGGUGCUGCUGAGGAUGCAGAGCUGGCCAAAGCUAUAAUGGCUCAUAGUUUCCACCCGUCCGUCCUCGGCCCGGAGCCCUGGGAGGGAUACGUCUUCUCUGACGUGCAGAUCCGCAUCAAAGAGUCCACAGACCUCUAUGGAGCCGUGCUCUGGCCCUCGGCAAUGGUGCUGUGUCAUUUCUUAGAGGCCAACCGAGACAAAUACAACCUGGUGGACAAAAACGUGAUUGAACUGGGAGCUGGAACCGGGCUCGUCACCAUCGUAGCCAGCCUCUUAGGCGCUAAGGUGACCUCUACUGACCUACCAGAUGUGUUGGGGAAUCUCCAGUACAAUGUAUUACGCAACACCAAGGGCCUAUGCAAAUACAUCCCUCUGGUGACAGAGUUCGUCUGGGGACAGGGCGUGGAUCAGCGUUUUCCCCGCGCCACGCACCGCUUCGACUACAUCCUGGCGGCCGACGUGGUCUACGCCCACCCUUACCUGCAGGAGCUGAUGGACACUUUUGACUACCUGUGCCAGGACGACACUCAGAUCCUGUGGGCGAUGCGCUUCCGCCUGGACCCGGAGAACAGCUUUGUGGACCGCUUCCGUCAGCGCUUCCACCUGGAGGAGCUGUACGACCUCCCCAGCCUGAGCAUCAAACUGUACCGGGCGUGGAGGAAGGACAGGAGGACAAAGGACCACGAGGACUCCUGAUGUUUACUGUUUGUUACGUUGGUGUGUCUGUGACUUCUGAAUAAUAAAAAUCCGCCCGGGGGCCCCACAUUCAGGGAUAAACCUCCCACUGGGUGUCAUCAAUC